UCAACUCAUACCAGCAAACACCCCACAGCUUUCCAACCAUGAGCAAGUCCUACUCCUCCUCAGCUGAGACAGCCUCUUCCUACCGCCGAACCUUCGGCUCAGGCCUGAGCUCCACCAUGCCCAGCUCCCUUUUCAGCAAGGGCUCCUCUGGUUCCUCGCGUGUUUCCUCCAGAGUUUAUGAGAUGACCAAGUCCUCGUCUUCCAACCCUAUGCACUCCGGCCACCGCUCUGCAUCCUCUUAUGCCUACGGUGGACCAGCGGCCCGCUCCUACGCGGUCGAGAAGUUGGACUUCAGCCUGGCCGACGCCAUGAACCAGGAUUUCCUGCACACUCGCACCAACGAGAAGGCCGAGCUGCAGCACCUGAACGACCGCUUCGCCAGCUACAUCGAGAAGGUGCGCUUCCUGGAACAGCAGAACCAAGCCCUGUCCGUCGAGAUCGAGCGCAUGAGGGGCCGUGAACCCACUCGCAUUGCUGAGAUAUACGAGGAGGAGAUGAGGGAGCUCCGUAGACAGGUGGAUGCUUUGACCAAUCAGAGAGCUCGUACCGAGGUGGAGCGCGACAACCUUGCCGACGACCUGCAGAAGCUUAAGCUCAGACUUCAGGAGGAGAUCCACCAGAAGGAGGAGGCUGAAAACAACCUCUCCGCUUUCAGAGCUGACGUUGAUGCUGCUACUCUCGCCAGGCUGGACCUGGAGAGACGCAUCGAGGGCCUUCAGGAGGAGAUCGCCUUCCUCAAGAGGAUCCAUGAGGAGGAGAUCCGUGAGCUGCAGAACCAGAUGCAGGAGACCCAGGUCCAGAUUCAGAUGGACAUGUCCAAACCCGACCUGACCGCUGCUCUGAGAGACAUCCGUGGCCAGUACGAGGCCAUCGCCGCCAAGAACGUUGCAGAGGCUGAGGAGUGGUACAAGUCCAAGGUGUCCGAUCUGAACCAAGCUGUGAACAAGAACAACGAUGCUCUGAGAACCGCCAAGCAGGAGUGCAUGGAGUUCCGCCACCAGAUUCAGUCCUACACCUGUGAGAUCGACUCCCUGAAGGGCACCAACGAAUCUCUGAUGAGGCAAAUGAGGGAGAUGGAGGAGAGGAUGGGCCACGAGGCUGGCGGCUACCAGGACACGAUCGGUCAUCUGGAGGCUGAGAUCGCCAAGAUGAAGGACGACAUGGCCCGCCAUCUACGCGAGUACCAGGACCUCCUGAAUGUCAAGAUGGCCCUGGAUAUAGAGAUCGCCACCUACAGGAAGCUGCUGGAAGGAGAAGAAAGCAGGAUUACUCUGCCUCCACAGGCAUUCUCCUCACUGAACUACAGAGGUGAUGUCAGAGAGACAAGCAACACAGAGCAAUUCCAACAGCAGCGUCCGGCUGAGGUCCACUCCAAGAAAACAGUCCUGAUCAAGACCAUCGAGACACGUGAUGGAGAGGUCGUCAGUGAAUCCACACAGCACCAGCAGGACAUCAUGUAAAACAAGACAAGCAGAGCAACGUACAGAGAAAGUAGAAACCAAAUUUUAUCCAAAUUUCAAUAAUUAUCAAAUAAUAACAUUUCCAAGCGAUGCAGUCCUUCAGGUUUUGUUUUGUAUGUAUCCUUUAGUGAUGCCUUUUUAUUAUGACCUAUGAUCUCAAGCAGCUUUGGGAGAAAAAAGGAAAUGAAGCUGAACGUGGUAAUGGACAUGAGAUUAUGAUUAAAGAUGAAUCUGUGGCAGGCAUUGCUAACUGAAACGGCAAAUGCUCAAACAUUGAAUUUUGUUGUACGAUUGUUAUGUGCGCUUGUGAGUGAACGGGUCCGGCUGGCAUCGAAAGAAAAUAUCACUGCAUACCAUGUAUUGAUUUUGUGGUCUCAUUAAAACGGAACUUGAAGCAGAACAAUGUGA